CCUUACGAUCAGUGACAUAAAAUUACGUAUGUGCGUUUGAUGAUCUGUUGUCAUUGAUGACCACUUAUUUGUUGACGCACGUUUUGUAACAUGGUAAGAGAAGGUAGAUGUUGGGAUUACUAGUGAUUUCACAUGUAAAAAUCGUUUUUCUGAAUCAAUUUGACGGUCUGUUUGGUAAAUGCAUCUCAAUUUUGUUUUGGAUGGGGGCUGAAAUGAAAUUACCGUCAGAAGACGGUGACACUUAUCAUAAACGAUGUGGCGGAAAGGUGGGCAAUGACAUUCAGAACUUUGAUUUGCGGAAAACAGCCCAAAAUGAAUGAAAUUAAAUUGGAGCCUGAUUUAGACAGUUUUACUCCUCUGAUGUUUUUAUCGAGUGAACAUCAGUUGCUUGAUAUGAAUGAUGAAGGGCCAGUCACGUUCGAUAUACUGCGGAAUGGAGCUAAAUGUACUACAGAAUUGAUCAAAGUGGAACAAUGUUCAGAUGAUGGAACUCACUCAAUGUUAUCAUUCGGUGAAGAUGAUGAAGAGGAUCAUCCUAUGCCAUUAUUUAUCCCCGUAAUGAAAUCUGAAGUGAAGGAGGAGUCAGAAGAUGAAGCAACAGAUGAGAAGGAAAUGAAUAAUGAAGUUAAGGCAGAAAAAAAUGAAAUGACUCCAGACUGUGUGGAGUGGAUGAACAAACGGGAAGGUGCGUCCUCAACAGAAGCUGACUGUGUGGAGAAUUAUGACAAGACUGUUGCAGUUAAAAUUCCUGCAGAAGUCAGACGUAGAAAGCGAAGAAAUAAUUCUCAUACCCCAAUAAAAGUAAAGCGUCAUAAAUGUCAAAUAUGCAGUAAAGUGUUUUAUAAAAGUGAUUCCCUUCAGGCACAUAUUCGUACGCACACUGGUGAAAAACCUUUCAAAUGUGAAAUUUGCAAUAAGAGAUUUUCAGAAAGGGUGAGUGUCUCGAGGCAUCGGCUAGUUCACACAGGAGAGAAACCGUACAGUUGUGACAUUUGCCAUAAGCGAUUUUCUCAGAGAGCACAUUUGAAUGAUCAUCAUCGCAUUCAUACGGGCGAGAAACCUUUUAAAUGUGAAACGUGCAACAAAGAGUUCUCACAUAAUGGAAAUCUUGUGAAACACAGGCUUCUGCACACAGGUGAUAAAACUUAUAAUUGUGAUGUAUGUCAAAAGAAAUUUACACGUAGUGACACCCUCAGAAAGCAUUCUCGUAUUCACAUGGAAGAAAAACCGUUCAAAUGCGAUGAAUGUGACAAGAAAUUCACAUGCAAAUACACGCUCAAAAGACACUGUUUUAACCACUUAGGGGAGAGACCAUACUUCUGUGAAAUAUGCGACAAAGUCAUCUCGGGAAAUGAUUGCAUCGUACACAGACUUUUACAUAAGGGUGAGAAACCUUAUCCCUGUAACCUGUGCAAUAAAGGUUUUGCACGCAGUUCACAUCUUGCUAGGCACAAACUUACUCAUACAGGAGAAAAACUUUACAGCUGUGAUGUGUGCAGCAAGAAGUUCUCUCAGCGGUCACAUCUGACUGAUCAUUAUCGUAUCCACACAGGCAUUAAGCCUUACACAUGUGAUAUAUGCAAUAAGGGUUUCUCGCAGAGUGGAAAUCUUAUGACACAUAGACUUACACACUCUAUUGAGAAGCCUUACAGUUGUGACAUAUGCAACAAGCAGUUCACACAUAAAAAUGGCCUCAAGAAGCAUUAUCAUAUUCACACAAGAAAUAUUUAGAAGGAGGCAUAAAUCUACAGACAGUUUAUUAAUUAUCAGAUUCUUUAUCAACACUUCCAACUUCAUAGUUAAUGUUGCAUUAGGUGGUUGGAUAGUUUAUAAUGAUGCAAAGGAGUCUGGUCAAAGCCUGUUAUAAGGUAAUAUUUCAGCAUUUGUUUGGAAGAGCUAAGGUAGACCACAAAAUAUUCAUUAUAGCUGGUCUCUGGGCUGAGAUUUGAACCAGGGGAACCGCCCCCCCCCGCCCCCAGGUACAAAGUAGGAGUGCUGACCACAGUAUUCAGUAGCUAUUAAAGAGGGCGCAUCUGAAUGCAUACGAUAUGCAUAUUCUGCGCUGUUAACUUAUUUUUCCCGAAAAGAAAUUUAUGAUGUUUAUAAUGUAAUGUAUUUAUGAACACUGAUACAUUGUAAAACUGUGACCAGACUAUUUGUGCGUCUUCUAGUGUGUCACGAUAAUUGUAAUCCAUUUCAUGAGCCCAAGCAGUGUGAUAAACUGGAGCCAUGGGCUUAAGGGGUUCACUACAGUGUCAGCAAAGCUGUUGUUACAUGCUGACAUCACUCUUGAGUUUUGGCAGCAUGAGUCUAAGCACAAGUAACCUGGACACACCUUAAUGCAUAGCGUGUUGCUGUCAUAAUCAUCAGCAAUCUA